ACCUCAGACGCAGCCCUUGCCGGUCUUCACGAUAAACUAUCCUCGCAUCCAGGUGCCUUUUGAAAUCACUCUGUGGAUUUUACUGGCGUCGUUUGCCAAGAUUGGUUUCAACAUGUACCACAAGAUAACCAUCUGGAUCCCAGAGUCUUGUCUGCUGAUCAGCGUGGGUCUGGUGGUGGGGGGCAUCAUGUAUGCAGUACACGGAAUGCCCCCGGCCGUGCUCACCUCCAACGUCUUCUUUCUGUAUAUGUUGCCCCCCAUCGUGCUCGACUCCAGCUAUUUUAUGCCGACGCGGCCGUUCUUCGAGAAUGUGGGCACGGUGCUCUGGUUUGCUGUGGUUGGCACACUCUGGAACUCGUUGGGCAUUGGGGUGUCGCUCUACGGCGUGUGUCAGAUCGAGGCUCUGGGCCUCAAGGACAUCAACCUGCAGGAGAACCUGCUGUUCGCCUCCAUCAUCUCCGCCGUGGAUCCGGUCGCGGUGCUGGCUGUGUUCGAAGACAUUAGCAUCAACGAGCAGCUCUACAUCGUGGUCUUCGGCGAGUGCCUGUUCAAUGACGCCGUCACUGUGGCACUGUACAACAUACUCAGCUUUGUGGCCACCAUGCCGGAGGUGGAGACGGUGGAUGUUUUUCUUGGCAUGGCUCGCUUCGUAGUGGUUGGUCUGGGCGGCCUGUUCUUCGGGUUCCUGUUUGGCUUCGCGGCAGCGUUCACCACACGCUUCACCGCCCACGUGCGUGAGAUCGAGCCCUUCUUCGUCUUCAUGUUCUCCUACUUGGCCUACCUGGUGGCUGAGCUCUUCUCGCUCUCCAGCAUCAUGGCCAUUGUGACCUGUGCUCUGACUAUGAAGUACUAUGUGGAGGAGAAUGUGGCCCAGCGCUCCUGCACCACCAUCCGGCACGUUGUCAAGAUGCUGGGCACCAUGUCAGAAACACUUAUCUUCUUCUUCCUUGGUGUGGCAACAAUUACCACUGACCACGAGUGGAACUGGGGCUACAUCCUCUUCACGCUGCUGUUCGCAUUCGUCUGGAGAGCCCUGGGCGUUUUUGUCCUCACUCAGAUCAUUAACCCUUUCCGCACAAUCCCAUUCAACUUCAAAGACCAGUUUGGCCUGGCAUACGGAGGGCUGCGUGGGGCCAUCUGCUUUGCCCUGGUGUUCCUGCUUCCGCAAAACAUCACUUGCCGGAACCUGUUCAUCACCGCUACCAUCGUUGUCAUCCUGUUCACUGUGUUCAUUCAGGGGAUCAGCAUCCGGCCUCUGGUGGAGUGUAUGAAGGUCAGGAGGACCAACAGGAAGCUGGGCACCAUUAACGUUGAGAUUCACAAGAGGCUGAUGGAGCACACCAUUGCUGGCAUUGAGGACAUCUGUGGACAGUGGAGCCACUAUUACUGGAAGGACAAGUUUAAGAAGUUCAACGACCGGGUCCUCAGGAAGAUUCUCAUAAGGGACAACAGGGCUGAAUCCAGCAUUGUCGCCUUGUACAAGAAGCUAGAACUGCAGAAUGCGCUGGAGCUUCUCGGUCCUGCCCCCAGUGACCUCAGUGCUGCACCCUCACUCAUGGAUUUGCACGUGGAGACAAAGCCAACGGCCAGAACGAAGAGGAACUUCCCGGCAAGCGAUCUGAGGAACAUGCACGAGCUGCUGUCGAAGAAUAUGUACAAGAUCCGACAGAGGACAGUGGAGUACACCAAGAAGAGUGCUUUGCCCAAUGACUCCAAGGUCAGAGAGAUCCUGAUCCGGCGACACAUCAGCAUCCGGCACAGCUUCCGGGUCGGAAGUUUCCCUAGAACGGGUGUGUCCAAGCGCCACAGGUUUCUCUCAUUGCCUCCCAGAAAGAACAUGGAAUCCAGGUCCCCCCCGAGCAGACCGAGCUACACCAGUUCCAGAGGCACAGACCUGGAACUGGAGCCCCUUUCAGCCACAUCCAGCGUGAGCCAAUUGCAGCGGUUCUCGUCUCGCCAAGAAAGGCCCCUGCAGAACCGCUACCACCAACCGGAACGACGUGAGCACGAGUUGGGCCAGCAAACCUCCCGGGAGCCAAUAGCAGAAGGAUUAUGGGGGCAACCCCAAAGAGAUUCCUGGACGGCCCAUCGUUACUCUCGCAGCCGUGACGAGCACAGGCCAGGUGGGGGGAAUCUUCCGCCAUCUGCACCCACAGGCUGGGCCCAGGAGCCUCUCAUCCAGAAAGGGGGUGGAUCCCAGAACCACCUGAACAGGAGACCACACUGGAGACCCCACAACCCCCAUGGUCCUCAAAGCCCAGGACAGGUGGACUAACCAAAGAUGACCAAACCUGACUAGAACAAGCUGGAACAAGCAAGAAAGACAGAACAGACCCACUGUUUGCACCCCAAAAGAACAAAAAAUGUGUCUUUAUUUCACUCUGCUUGCCAGGUGUUGAUUGGCCUUUUAAAAAGGUGGAUAUACUUGGCUAAAUUUCCAAAUACACAGUAAUGAUACUUCAGUAAUGGCAAUAUUUAGAGAAGUGAAUAAGUGAAAAAUUGGUCUCUAAAGAGCCAGUCAGAACAAAGGUCAGAUGAAGGAGUUUUGGUCUACGCCCUUUUCAAACAGAACCCAGAUAAUACCUGAAUGUGUGUAGUGCUGCCCUUGUGGUCAUGUGACAUGGGAUGUUUCACACGGUAGUCAGGAAGGUGGUCUGCGGGCGUGUAAUGGACACAAUGGGGCUACAGGUUUCUCGCCUGGAAAGUCCGGUCAGUAUCAUGGUCAAAUGGACCACUGACCUUUAACACAGGAAAACAAGUGCGUUAGAGUAUGUAUGUGUGAGUGCAGACCAUUUGUUACCUAAAAAUAAAAUGUUCAUUUGCUCUGUGUUUCAAUGCCAUAAGGCAGUGUUUCCCAACCUGGUCCUCGGGCAAUCGCAGCCGGUCCAUGUUUUUGCUCUCUCCCUGCCAAACAGUCCACAUUUUUGCUCCCUCCCAGAAAAAACGGUCUGUCUGCAGGGGACCAGGUUGGCAAACACUGCAAUAACAGCAGUACCAUUUAACACUAAUGAAAAUAUAAGGGGUGGGACACUGAGGAUUGUUUCUGCAUUUGUACGCAGGCGGAGCUAGAUCCUUGGUU